AUGGACUUCAUCGCGUUUAUAUUGGCGUGGAUCAUCACCUUUGGUGCCCCUGUCCAGGGACAGAUUGGCGGUGGUCUGGAUCCUUCUACCGGCACUUUUAUCUGUUCCAAAGUUGGGGGAACUUACUGUGAUGGCAAAUCCAUGGAAACUGCGACCCUCAUCUCUUGCCUUUCGUUGUCUGUUGCUGAGUUCCACUGGUGUAACGCGCAACUCGUUAAUGCCCUGCCCGAUGACUUUAAGCAGUCGGCUCUCUGCUAUCAAUCUUCUGAGAGCGCUGGAGAUGCCGUCUGCGCCUUCAAUGGCACCGGGUAUUACCUAGAUGGCUCCAGCAUCUCUCUCCCAGAGACGCUGCUCUCCAAUCUGGAGCCUCUGGAUAACCCUGCUGAACCGGAAUUGUCUUCUCUUGGUACAGCUACUCAGGGUACUGCCGUUCCGGACUUGACUUCGGGAACUUUUCGCAUGUCUACUGUGGUCACGCCUACUCCGAGGAAUACAAUCACCAAGUCAACCACCCCAGAUCCCACAACCGUCAAUGACCCUGGCUGCCCUGCUUUCAUACCCACUAAGACUAUUCGGCCCUCCACCAUUGUCCGGCACGGCAGUUCGACUUCAAAGACUACAGUCGUCCUUGCGUCUUAUCGAUCAACCGUUUACACUACCAAGACAAUCCAGAUGAUGCUCGCCACGACCAAGAGCUCCACUCCCAACACCUUGUACCCCGUCUCCGUUGUCACCAUGGCCGUCGGGGAUUCUUCCAACGCUGCUGUCUCCCCGAGCCUGGUUCAUACCACUGUAUUUGGCACUUUGCCUCAUACUGGAUUGUCUCGCACCGCGAAUGCUGCACCGCCCUACUCUGGACAGGGGGCAUUUGUGGCCCUGCUUGCGUUCGCAGCGGCGGUCUUCUAACUGUGUACAAUAUACUACAGCUUAAAGAGCUAGUAAGUAUCCUUUUCAG